CAGUUUUCAGCCGUGGAUACAAGCGGAAGGUUAACAAUUUAUCACACCCGCGAAAACAGCAUUGGUGUUAUUAUUAGCAUUCCGCUCUUGAAUAAAAUUGCAAGGCAAAUGGAAGUGAAUACAUCAGUCUAACAGAAGCCAUGGAUGUAGUAACUAGUACGUUGUCAAGUUGGGCUACAGCACAAAAUGCUUUCAGAGUGAUAUCUCUGCUUCAUUUAACGGCCUUCCGGUACCCAGAACAAGCAAACGUAGGAGAUGGCGCGUCGUUCGACUACAUAGUGCUGGGCGCGGGCUCGGCGGGCUGCGUGCUGGCCAACAGGCUCAGCGAGGACCCGAGGGUGACGGUGCUGCUGGUGGAAGCCGGCGGGGACCCGCCUGUGGAGUCCAAUCUACCGGCAUUGGUGGCCUACAACUUAAACUCUCAAAACGACUGGAACUACACUACUUCUACUAAUACAACAUGCACUGAUUAUAAAUGUCACGUUAACGACGUGAAUGAGUUGACACGAGGAAAGAUGCUAGGUGGUUCUAGCAGUCUUAACAUCAUGUAUUACGUGCGAGGCGACCCACAUGAUUAUGACACAUGGGCAAAUAUUACAAAUGACCAAAGCUGGAGUUACAACAACAUUUUGCCAUACUUCAUUAAAAGCGAGAGAAUGGAAACUACUGCCAUUCUGAAUUCGCCAACCGGUAUUUUUCAUGGAGCCAACGGAUACUUAGGUGUAAGUCAACCAUAUAACAUCGAAGCAAAAAAGUAUUUAGAUGCUAUUCAGGAACUUGGGUACAAUACUGUUCUCGAUACGAAUGGAAAUAAUACGUUAGGAUUCAUGCAGACUCAAUUAACAAUAGCUGAUGGUAUUCGCCAAAGCACGGCAAAUGCUUUUUUAUCACCAAUAAAAAAUCGACCAAAUCUUUACGUCCUCAAAAACCAUUUAGCAACAAAGAUCAAUUUCGAAAACCAGACGGCUGUAAGCGUGAAUGUCAACAACGAAAAUGGUCAGACAAUAACAGUGAAAGCAAGUAAAGAAAUAAUUUUGUCGGGUGGAGCGAUCAACAGCCCACAAUUAUUAAUGCUGUCAGGAGUAGGUCCUAAAGAUCAUCUGGAAGAUUUAGGAAUAAACGUUGUUUCCGAUCUUCCUGUAGGAGAAAAUUUACAAGAUCACAAGCUAGUUACUUUGUAUCAUACAACAGGACCAGCACCCAUCCCCGCGCCUAUUAAUCCUCAUAAAUUUCCUACCAAGGAUAUAGUCGGAUUCGUUACAUUGAAAACAAACCAGUCCUACCCAGAUUAUCAAACAGUAAUUAUAACAGGAGGUCCAGACAUCAUACUUACAUUUUGUGUCCUUGUAAUUUCAUUUGAUAAUGAUAUCUGUCAAAAUUUAUAUGACAGAAGCCAAAACAGAGAAGUAAUGAUAACUGCGUUAACUCCUGUGCAACCGAAAUCUAGGGGACAACUGCUAUUAAACAGCACAGAUCCUGAAGACUAUCCUUUAAUCUACACAGAGCCAUAUUCAGAUGAAAGUGAUCUUGAAAGUGUAGUAAGUUAUUUAGAGGAUUUUUCCCGAAUUAUUAACACAACGUACUUCAAGAGUGUAGAUGCAGAGUUAUUAGAGUUGGAAAAAUGUUCGAGCUACCCUGCUGGCAGCAAAGCUUACUGGCGGUGUUACGCUAAGUGCUUAGUUACCACAUUUUACCACCAAGUGGGCACGUGCGCCAUGGGCUCCGUGGUGGACAGCCGGCUGCGCGUGCGCGGCGUGGAGAGGCUGCGCGUGGUGGACGCCAGCGUCAUGCCCACCAUCACCAGCGGCAACACCAACGCGCCCACCAUCAUGAUCGCCGAGAAAGCAGCUGACAUGAUUAAGGAAGAUAAUAUAAUUCGAAAACGAAACCAAAAAAAGCAUAAAUCGCAUGGAUAUAAAGUAUAAAUUAAAGCUAGAUAACUAUCAAGGUUAAAAUUGUUUAUGUUAUUUUAAUUUUUUCUGAUAUUAAAUUUUUCGUGUGUGUUAAAUCCUAUAGUCCAGACACUUCACUUUUGUUCUGUAGGUAAACAAAAAAUCUCGAGCAUCCACAAAUCUAAACAGUGAACAACAAAAAAAUAUAGGCAUAUAAUAUUAUACCUUUGGUCUAUUCGCGGAUUUCGCGGUUAUUGAGCAAGCGUGUACCGCUAUGACGUUAGACUCGACGUUAGCGUAAACCGUGUAAAACUAAGUCCCGUGUCGCCAAUUAGCCAUCCGACACAGGCACGUGCGCGUGCGCUCAACUUUAUAGGAUGCUCCAAUUUUUUUAAGAACAUUAAUUUGUACUAUUUACAAAAAUUGCUAAUUUUAUUUUUAAAAGUAUUUUAUUAUUAACAUACAUGGAUAUUAUUUA